CUGGGAAGCGGCGCCAUAUUGGCGUCGGCCGCACUGUAUUGUCAUAAAUAGAGCCGGUUUUGUAGUGUUUCCACUAUUCGGUUGGCUGCCUCGGCCGUAGGAAGUGAGGAAGGGAGCGAGCACGAGAGCUACAAACGACUAGCGGAAAGUGGACACGGCGAGAAGGGAAGGGCAGGAACAGGACUCCACCGCGAGAGCCGCUCGCCGGAGAGGGAGACGCAGGAAGCGAUGAAAGAGAUGUCUGCAAACACCGUGCUGGACAGCCAGCGUCAACAAAAACAUUAUGGAAUCACCUCUCCAAUUAGUUUGGCAUGUCCUAAAGAAAUUGAUCAUAUUUACACACAAAAAUUAAUUGAUGCUAUGAAACCAUUUGGAGUGUUUGAAGAUGAGGAAGAAUUGAACCACAGGCUGGUGGUUCUUGGUAAAUUGAACAAUUUAGUAAAAGAAUGGAUUUCUGAUGUCAGUGAGAGUAAGAAUCUCCCACCUUCUGUUGUGGCUACUGUUGGUGGUAAAAUUUUCACAUUUGGAUCUUACCGACUUGGAGUACACACCAAAGGAGCUGACAUUGAUGCACUUUGUGUAGCUCCAAGACAUGUGGAGAGAUCUGAUUUUUUUCAGUCUUUUUUUGAAAAAUUGAAACAUCAAGAUGGCAUUAGAAACUUAAGAGCUGUAGAAGAUGCCUUUGUACCUGUUAUAAAAUUUGAAUUUGAUGGUAUUGAAAUUGAUCUAGUUUUUGCAAGACUGGCAAUACAAACCAUAUCAGAUAAUUUAGAUCUAAGAGACGACUCUCGACUGAGAAGCCUUGAUAUAAGGUGUAUUCGCAGCUUAAAUGGAUGUAGAGUUACUGAUGAAAUUUUGCAUUUAGUGCCAAAUAAAGAAACUUUUAGACUCACCCUAAGAGCAGUCAAGUUAUGGGCAAAACGACGUGGUAUUUAUUCCAACAUGUUGGGAUUCCUUGGUGGUGUUUCCUGGGCAAUGCUAGUUGCAAGAACUUGCCAGUUGUAUCCGAAUGCAGCAGCUUCUACCCUAGUUCAUAAGUUCUUUUUAGUUUUUUCCAAGUGGGAAUGGCCAAAUCCUGUGCUGCUGAAGCAACCAGAAGAAAGCAAUUUGAAUUUGCCAGUUUGGGAUCCUCGGGUAAAUCCAUCAGAUAGGUAUCAUCUCAUGCCCAUAAUCACCCCUGCCUACCCACAACAGAAUUCUACGUAUAAUGUGUCCACAUCAACUCGAACAGUAAUGGUAGAAGAAUUUAAACAAGGUCUUGCAGUCACAGAUGAAAUUCUUCAAGGGAAAUCAGAUUGGUCCAAACUGCUUGAACCACCAAAUUUUUUCCAAAAGUAUAGACAUUACAUAGUAUUGACUGCCAGUGCAUCAACAGAAGAAAACCAUCUAGAGUGGGUUGGAUUAGUAGAAUCUAAAAUACGUGUACUUGUUGGAAACUUGGAACGGAAUGAAUUUAUUACUCUUGCCCAUGUAAAUCCCCAGUCAUUCCCAGGAAAUAAGGAACAUCAUAAAGACAAUAAUUAUAUAUCAAUGUGGUUCCUCGGAAUAAUUUUUCGGAGAGUAGAAAAUGCAGAAAGUGUUAACAUAGACCUGACAUAUGAUAUACAGUCAUUUACUGAUACAGUGUACAGACAAGCAAACAAUAUAAACAUGCUAAAAGAGGGAAUGAAAAUUGAAGCAACUCAUGUUAAAAAAAAACAGCUUCAUCAUUACCUACCAGCAGAGAUUCUUCAAAAGAAGAAAAAGCAAAGUCUUUCUGAUGUCAGUCGGAGUUCCAGUGGACUUCAAUCCAAAAGAUCAUCUCUGGAUAGCAAUUGUUUAGAUAGCUCCAGAGAUACUGAUAAUGGAACACCUUUUAAUUCUCCAGUGUCUACAAACAAACCUUCCAAACCUGAUAAUCCUUCUGCAGGAGAAGCAGAAAGGAAUAGUCCUGAGUCUGCUGUUGUAAUUCUGGAAAAGCCACUGGGUGUCCCACCAGCUCAAGGUCUGUCUAUUCCAGUCAUUGGUGCAAAAGUUGACUCUGUAGUAAAAACUGUAUCACCCCCAGCUGUGUGCACAAUUCCUACUGUAGUAGGACGAAAUGUCAUUCCUAGAAUCACAACACCCCAUAAUCCUGCCCAGGGACAACCACAUCUAAAUGGAAUGUCAAAUAUAACUAAGAAUAUUACAACAAAGAGAUCCCAUUCCCCAUCCAUAGAUGGGUCUUCUAAGAGGUUGAAAGACAUAGAAAAGUUUAUUCAACUUGAGUCAACAUUUAAGGACUCACGUGCUACCGAAGAUAGAAAAAGGAAAUCAAUGGAUGCCAUAGGAGGAGAAUGUAUGCCUAUUCCAACUAUUGAUACAUCACGCAAAAAGAGACUACCCAGUAAAGAACUACCAGAUUCAUCAUCUCCAGUUCCAGCAAACAAAAUCCGUGUCAUCAAAAAUUCUAUUCGACUGACCCUCAAUCGGUAAAAGCAGUGCUGCCUCACUGAAGUGAAUAUGCAAUCAUUUAGUGGCAUAGAUGUAACCACUUUUUUUUUUAAAUAGAAGUGGUUGUCAUACAUAAAAUAAGGUGAAAGUUACAGUCAUCAGCCUAACAACCUUGAAGUGGUUUUUGAACUCUCACACUUUGACCUGCAGAUGCUGUAGCAUUCUCUCAUUGGUUGCUACAUACAGUUCUCUGAGGAUCACCUCUAUCAAAUUGUCAUGUACAAUAUUAUGGCUUUGCGUUGGAGGUUUUAUUGCCUUAACUUUCGAUGCUUGUUUCUCUUAUGGGAACCAGUUCUUGGCUACUUGGACACUGAUUUAAGGAAAUCCUGAACUUUUUUUUGUUUAUUUUUUAAAGUCUUAUGUUUAAUCAUUGUAUAAAACUGAAAAAGUUGAAAACAAAAAAAAAAUGUCUUGUUAUUUUCCAUCUGUAACACAUUUACUUUAGUGUUGAAGCCACUUUGUGAAACCUGAGAUGAAUGUGAGGUAUCUUUUCUGUUUUUCUCACUUGUGUAAAUGUACUUAAUGUCUGUUCUGUUGAUUUAAAUUAUUUUUUCCAGAUUGGCACAUAGAAUAUUUAAAUUUUUAUUUUUUGUGCCUUUCUGUCCAGAUGUUGCAUAGCUACCAGGGAGGAUUAGUCCAGUGAUUACAUAAGAGUUGGGCACCAUAAAUUCUCUAUAUUUUGCCUCCCAUGGAGGCCUUCGAAAUGCAUCUUUAUUAAGAAUCAAAAUAUAACCAGGAUACUGAAAGUCAGUAUAUGAAUGGUGAAAUUGUUACAUAUCCUGUCUCAUGCCAUUCUUGUUAGUUGACUGGUAUUUUUUACUGAUGAGCAAUUCAUUCCAGCGUCAACAAUAACAUACCUUUAUGGCAAACUUGUAUUUUUGAGGUGUAAAAUAACUUGGCAUGAUAAUACCUGACCAUUACUUGCCCCACAACUUCAAACAGUUUCUUCAUGAACUAGGCAUGCAGAAAUAAACAGUGGAUUUUACUGAAACCUAAAGGCAUUUUUGAAUGACAUUGUUACCAACCAUGAAUUGGCUCAGGACCUUUGUAAUUUUUAUUUAACUAUAUGAGUUGUCAUUUUUUACACUGCUUUUUUCAGUGCAUUUCUUAAUAUUUUUUAAGUUUCAUGAACGCAUGCUCAGUUUAUUAAAAUCCAUGACCAUGUAAUUCUUCUUGUAAUAUGUUGAUUCAGUGUUUUGUAAAUGAAGUCGUAUGUAUUUUCAGAGUAUUUUUGUAUGUACUGUAAGAUACCAUCUUUUCAAAGAGAAAACUUUAAAAACUUUACUGUCUCUCUUUAGUCUAAUUUUUUUAAAUAUAGAUUAUGCUUGAAUUAUUAUUAAAAUGUAUAGAUUGCACAGCCAGGAAUGCUGGUAUGUAUUACCUUUUUUGCUUUCACUCACCAGUUAGUGAGAUGGGAAAACACAAAAUGGUACAUUUAAAUAGUACUGGAAAAAUAGUGUUGUGUAUUGUUUUAUAGGAUUCAUGGGGUACCAUUUAGCCAUGGAGUAAUAGCAGUCCAUUUUUUGUCUUGCAAACAUUUUACCACUAAGUAGAAAUAAUUAAAUUCUGAUGGUCAGAGAGUAGUAUCUUUCUUCUCCCACUCCUGUUUUCUGACCCCGAGGUCUCUGAAAUGGAAAUUCUGAUGUUUAAAUUUCAUAAAGGAGAACUUCUUAGAAGUAAAGAAGAACAAGGAAAAAAUUAUUGUACCAUUCACUUUUCACAUAGCAAAAGACAGACUUAUAUAACAACCAAGUUGUAGGUUCUUUGGAAAGCUUUCUCUUAACUGACAAUAUUCCUUUAUUCAAAUACUUUGAGAUUUGUUCUACAAAUACUACUCUAUAUGAGCCAAGGUGAGUUCUUACAAAGACUGAAUAAUUAUAACUUCAAACUUUGAAAACAUAUUUAGUAAGGGAUUUGAUUAGAUUUUAUAUGUGAAAUGUGUUUGCAGUUCUGUAUUUAAUACCUACCUAUUAUCCCCUGUUUCUCAGUCUUCAAAGUUUUUUCUAGGAUUCCCUAUACAUCCAUGUUUACGUUAUUAUAUAAACAGAUUCUUAGAGUGACUAAUGGAGUUUUCCUUUAAUAAGAAAGCAAUAAGCCUAACUGUUAUGUGUAGUCAUUUCUCUUGUUUUAAGAGCCUAUUGAACAUGGUGUUAAGACGUGGUCAGUGGCUCAACAUUAGACUUUUCAAAGAUAGCAUUCCUCAACCUAUUUGGUAACUGGAGGGAGAGUUAUGAAAUGCUUUUGAGAUGGUGGGCUUGGUCACAAAUGGCAGUGUUUUGAUUUUUCAGUACAUUUUGUUACCAUAGUAGGAGACCUUCACUGUUCUGUUUCCAAGUAAGUAAAAGAGAAAGGUAUGGUCUGAGAUUGUAUGUCAUGUUCAGAAGCACUAAGUAGAUGUGUUUUUCAAGUGUGAAACUAUAUUUUAUAAAGUCAGAUAACCUUCAAAAUGUAAACAUAUGUUCAUUUUCACACGGGCAUGUUAAAUUUUAAUAUGCUCAUUUUUCAAUGACUGACUAAAAAAUAGAAUAUAACCAAAGAAAAUCUGCUCGUUUAAACAUAGGGACUUAACCAUUAUUUCAAAGACAGGGACAUGACUUAAAACAUUAUAAAACUUAGGUGGGAAAAAUGAAUUUUAAAAGACUGUAUUGAUACAAUAAGAGUAACUUUGUCUUAAGGCAACAAUUUAGUGACGUUAAAAUACUUAAAGCAAUUAAAUAAAGAUGGGCAAUGUUGACAUGCUAAACUUAUUUUCCACUGUACCCCACAGCUUUGAAAUAGGAAUUCUCACUUGGAAAUCAUAAAACCUAAGGGAAUCGUUUGUGAAUGUAUUGUAAGAAGUUUUUGUUUAUUUGCUUUUUUUUUUUUUAAAAAAAAAGGGGGUUAGGAACGACAGCUUUCCAGGAUUGAAUAAUCCUAGACUCUGGAAUUUUCUCUCUAUGAUUUUUCUGUAGUAUAUUUCUGAAAAUAUACUCACUUUUAACUAGCAAGGUAGGCUGAUGGAAGAUUCUCAAACAGAUCUCCAAUUUAUCUUAAAGUUUCUUUAUAUAUUUCAGAUGAAAUGUCACCAAUAUUUGGAAAAAUAUUUACUAAUGGAUUUAUAAAUGUUCUCAUGUUAACUUAGAUUCAUUAGCAGGGUCAAAGUUGUGCUCAACAAAUUUCAACCUAAGAUUGAUCAGAGUAGAUAGCUUAGCAUGAUCAUUAGAAAGGGAAAAAAGAAACAGAAAUCAUUUAAAAUCCUAAUCUUUUGAUUUCGGUAGUGUUAACAGUUCUGUCUUGUUCCUCCAUGUUGUGGUUCAGAGCAGAGCAGACUGAACAGACCAAUAAAUAGAACUUUAGUUUAAAAAGCAAUUUAAUAAAGUUUGUGUGUGUUUAAAUAAUGAACUGUUAAAUCUUCCAAAACUUAGAACUUAGUUCAUGAUAUAGUGAUAAAUAAUUCAGAUAAUGGAAGAAAACCAGUCUCAAUGAUGGUAACUAUUUUUCUAGGAUUUGUUUUUUAAUUGUGCAAGGUUGCAUUCUUUACAAAUUCCCUAUUUUUGUCCUGAAAUAAUUUUUCUGAUAAUUUUAUAUUUGAGAUUAGUUGAACAUAAGGUUAUCAAACUACCUAGCUAUCAUUUUUAAGCUACUGCUACACAAAACUCAUUAUCUUAUGAAGUAUGUUGGCUCUCUUUGAGGUAAAUGGUGCUACAUCACUCCACAGUAUUAUAUAAAAUGAAUGCAACUGCCAUUCUUUCCUAGAUAGUUGUUUGUAUAGUUAUUUUUUUUCCUGUCUUUUAUUUGGAUUGUCUUAUUAGUUGUACACACAAACCUCACUAUUUGUCUGGAAUAAGUAAUCAAAUAAA